CGGGCCGUCGCUAAGGAUUGGUUUUUCCUAAUGAGGCGGUCAAAAGGUCGUCGGGAACACCGUGUAGACAGGCCUUGAGGCUUGCGCUAAGCUUUUUGUCUCCAUCUUUCCUACAAGAGAGUCGCUUUGCUCUUCACGCGAAGUCUCUCCUGCUCGCAUACUGUUGUCCUCUGUCAUUUGGCUUCCGACGUGCUUUUCGAUGCGCUCACGCACUUUCUUGGACCUACCUCUCGAACUAUUGGACGAAGGCGUUCUGCGAAGAUUGGACUUUCGUGAUGUGCUUCGCUGCUCCGCCACAUGCAAAUAUCUAUCAGACGUUGUGAGGGCCUUGCCAGCUCUUCAACUCAAAGUCGAGCUAGGCUCCGAUGGCAUCAUCGACGAUUCGAUCUCGCCGUACGACACAUCUAUGUCCUCUUUCGAACGACUCCACCGACAUCUCGAUCUUCGUCGUCGCUGGCGUACGCUACGAUGGCACACUUCCGAUUACAUGCAGCUGCCUCCUGCUUGGCAAUGGGAGUUCUUCGAGCAGAAGGGCAACACGUUUGUGCAGUGCGACAGCGAGCUAUACCCUGACCUCGAUAAGCCACAUAGCUCCCAUACCAUCUUUCGGCUUACCCCAGAAACGAGCAUGAUACGAAGUAGUGUUUGGCCUAACAGUGGUGUUUGGUCGGCCGACCACGCCUUGGACUGUCAUCACGAUCUCAUCGCCUUUCUCGAGCGCCACCCGGAUGCCGAUGAAGAUAUGGCGACGAUCUCAAACCCUGAAGGAAUUCUGCGUAUACACCUGCAUGCCCUUAGCAGCAACCUAGCCCAUCCUAAAGCACGAACCAAGGUACUUUACUGCUGCUGCCCCAUGGGAGCGGUCCAGUUCAGUUCCGUGUGCCGAUUCGAGAUUUUCGACGAUAUGCUUUCUAUUUGUCUCAAAUCGGACCGAUCUGUCUAUCUUGCGAUUUGGAACUGGCAAUCCGGUAACCUUGUCGUCGAUCAUACAUUCGAAGAUAACGAUGGAUACCCUUCAAUCGCAUUCAGAACUUACGCCUUCCUCACUUCUCGGAUCAUACUGGCCGUCAGCGAUGCGACAAGUGGCGCCUUGGACAUAUACACUCUAUCGGAUGGUUCUUCGCCCAGAAAAGAGGAAAAGAGGGCGGCAGGGAGCAUCCCUGGUCUUACCCAUCGCGCCCGACUCCAACUUCCACCCAUGAAGGAGGAGUGGCGCUACCGCGAUCUUGGAGUCGCUGCUUCACACUUCAGUCCGACUACACCACCCGCCCUCCUGCUCGUCACGUUGACUUGUGUUGGCGACCUCGGACAUGCAGCGUUUCGACUGGUCGUUUCCAUCCGCAAUAUUCUGAGAUACGCCUCCGACUCCCUCUGCUCGAGUUCCCACAAACCACCUUUCAUACCAUGGGAGAGAUGGGGUCCCACCAGCUCACGUCUUUUCAGUGAGCUACCUACCGAAGUCGAUGAGCCUUUAGAACACUGGUGGCCUAACUUCAUCGUCGGGAAUCGAAUGGUGAUGAACCUGUGUACGGCCUCUGGGCCACGAAAUCCUCGUAACCCUCCCUUCGAGAUUGUCGAGUUCGGUUAUCAGCUCCUCAGGGAUCCACAAUUCGCGUUGACCCGUAACACAUGUCAAUGGGGCCAGCCUGACUUCAAGAAAGGGCUGCCGCCAACGCCUCUCCGUUACCAGUCGAUGAUGGAACCAUUGAGACUUGCCGUUACCGAUCACGGUCCAUUCGCUAUCGCUGUCGAGACGGGCUUGCCGUAUCAUAGCGUUCAAGUAGAAAUAUUUCCUUGCAGUGGACCGCGUCCAGAGUUUGGGAUCGACGAUAGGCAUCUAUAUUUCCUUCAUGACGGGCCAGACGAAGACUCUCCAACAGCCAUGAGGGUUUUCUCUUUCUAAUCGACUUAUGUAUGCGCUCUCUACGAUUUGUUUUCUUCUGUUUCACAUGGAUGUUUUCGGAUUGGGAUUAGUGGCCGAGGAACGUAUCACCCUAUCUAGUGCUGUUAGAUAAGCAACGAACAAACACCUAUCCUCACAACCGUACUGUAUUAGUAUCCACC